GAAAGUAGCGGCAGCUCCGAUGGGUCCACCGCAGCCACUCGAGUGGAAAUUCUCUCAGGUGUUUGGUGAGCGGACGGCCGGCGAAGAAGUACAAGAAGUUGAUAUAAUCUCUGCAAUUGAGUUUGAUAAAAGUGGUGACCACCUUGCUACCGGUGACCGUGGUGGAAGGGUGGUAUUAUUCGAAAGAACUGAUGCGAAAGAGCAUGGUGGAAAUAGAAAAGAUUUGGAGAGGAUGGACUAUCCAGGUACUCGACAUCCAGAGUUCCAUUACAAAACUGAAUUUCAGAGCCAUGAACCUGAGUUUGAUUAUCUCAAGAGUCUGGAAAUUGAGGAGAAAAUCAAUAAGAUCCGGUGGUGCCAGACAGCUAAUGGCGCCGUUUUUCUUUUGUCGACGAAUGACAAAACCAUUAAGUUUUGGAAGGUCCAAGAGAAGAAAGUAAAGAAAAUUUGUGAAGCUAAUGUGGAUCCUUUGAAAGGUGCUAUAAACGGAAGCAUUGCCAGUUCAAGCAUUUCUUCAAGCCCUAAUCAACAUAUUGCUAAUGGGGGCUAUCUAGACCAAUCUCUCAACUGUUUGAAAAAUGAUACAUCCUUUCUACCUGCAGGCAUUCCCUCACUAAGAUUACCAGUGGCUGCAAGCAAUGAGAUCAAACUUGUUGCAAGAUGUAGAAGAACAUAUACCCAUGCGCACGACUACCAUAUCAAUUCUAUUUCAAAUAACAGGCAUGGAUAUCCAUAUUUUAUGUCAAUAGUUAAUGACUACCAAUUUUUUAUGUAUUUUGAGUUUUUAUUUGAAACAUUUCUCAAGGUUGGCAGGUUACGAAUAUUCCAUGUUGUUUCUCUUUUAGUUCGACUGCUUUUUUAUUUAUAUAAACGAAACGUAGAUAUUCUUUUUAUAUGCAGCUUUGAGGAACAGGAGGCACCUGGUUCAAGGUCAUUUUUUACUGAAAUAAUAGCUUCAGUUUCUGAUAUUAAGUUUGCAAGGGAUGGAAGAUAUAUACUGAGUCGUGAUUACAUGACCCUCAAGUUGUGGGAUAUCAAUAUGGAUUCUGGUCCUGUGUCAACCUUCCAGGUUCAUGAGUAUUUAAGACCAAAGCUGUGUGAUUUGUAUGAAAGUGACUCCAUUUUUGAUAAAUUUGAAUGUUGCCUGAGUGGUGAUGGUCUUCGAGUAGCGACUGGUUCUUACAGCAAUCUCUUCCGCGUAUUUGGAUGUGCAGCGAGCAGUACUGAAGCAACAACUCUGGAAGCUAGCAAAAACCCAAUGAGAAGACAAGUUCAGACCCCUUCAAGAACAACUUCCAGAUCCCUGAGCAGUAGUAUUUCUCGUGUGGUCAAGCGAGGUUCUGAAAGCCCAGUAGUUGAUGCCAAUGGGAACUCAUUUGAUUUCACUUCCAAGCUGCUCCAUUUGGCAUGGCACCCAACUGAGAACUCAAUUGCCUGUGCUGCUGCAAAUAGCUUGUACAUGUAUUAUGCAUAAGCGAUUACUGGAGCUAGAUAAAAAAAUUUGGGUUGCUACUCAAGAAUGCCUCUAUCCUUAGCAAACCAAGGCUCUACUAUCUUAAUCCAAGUGCCUCAAUAGAAACGGCGCUCAUGAUAUGCACUAGAGGGCUACAUGUCCUUUUAGCCUAUAAAUGGCUCGCUUCCUUCUUUCCAUCCCUUUCUCCCUUGCUAUUUCUGCUCACCCAAUAUUUCUUUUAUUUUUUACGACUCCCCUCAGGAGGAAAGAUGUGGUUCUGUUCUUAACCAAUUAGGUCGAAGUUGGGAAAGAAUGUGAUUGUAGUUCUCUUACAAACAAAAACUAUAGGAUGUCCUAUAUUAUCCUAGUUUUAAGGUAAAUGUAGUUUUACUUAUAAAUCUUCCCGUAAGGGAGCUACUGCUAAACUUGCAGGGCAUUAAGUUUUAUUCAGUUUUUCUUUGGUAGGGCGAAACUUUUCUCAUUGUAAAUGCCUGCUUUUAUUAUAGAUUUCGGUAAAGGAAUUUAAGUUCGGACCACAACUUAGAUUUUGGCUGCUAUUCACCGUA